AUGAUCUACAAAGGUUUAGACAUAGUGACGGCUAAAGCUACGCGUCAAGAACGAGAGUUAGUACCGCAUUACUUAUUGGAUAUUUUGGAACCGCAUCAAAUGUUCACGGUCGUCGACUUCAGGAAUAGAGCAUUAAAAAUCAUUGAUAGUUUAACAGAGCAAGGGAAGAUGCCAGUUAUUGUUGGAGGGACGAUCUAUUAUAUAGAGUCCGUUGUUUAUAAGAUACUCGUUGAGGACACAUUAGACGCCGACGGCUUACUCUGGGAGAAGAGUAAGAGAAAAAGAGAUUACGACAGUGAUGAAAAUCCAAGCAAACGAACAAAUGCUGAUGUAGAUUUAGAAUAUAUAGGUACAACAAAAAAUACAGAUAUUUGUCCUUCUCCAAUAAAUGAAUCAAAAUGUGAUUUAAAUCAAGAAUUUGAAGUUAACAAGGAGCAAAUAAAAGAUGAUGUUGAUAAUGAAAGUAAAUUCACAAACGAAGAAAUACAUGCUAGGUUGAAAGCUGUUGAUCCUGAGAUGGCUUCGCGGCUUCAUCCCAACAAUAGAAGGAAAGUGUUAAGUUCUUCGAAUUCUUGUAUGGAUAUUAGUUUGGAAGAAAAAGGAAAACUCAACCAA